AUUUUUUCAAAAUAUAUUCUCGAUCCCACACAAUUCCGUCGUCCGCCAUAUUGGAUAAGGAUCAUAGUGUAAUGACGCAGGGUGUAAUUUUUCAUGAUAAUUAUUAAAUAAACUUUUAAGAAAUUAAAAAUGUUGGAAGUAACUGUAAAAACACUUGAUUCACAGAAUCAUAGUUAUUCUGUUCCUGAUGAUAUUACAGUCAAAGAAUUUAAAGAAAAAAUUGCAUCUUCAGUGGGCAUUCCUGCCGAUAAACAAAGACUAAUUUUUUGUGGUAGAGUUCUUCAAGAUGAGAAGAAAUUACUGGAAUAUGAUGUAAAUGGAAAAGUAAUUCAUCUUGUUCAAAGACCUCCACCUCAGACUCACACACCAUCUACCUCAUCCUCUUCUUCUUCAACAAAUAGAUCAUCUACUCAUUCAGGUCGAGAAAAUGGAAGUUUUCUUUUGGGAGCUUUUACAUUGCCACAGGACAUGAUUGAUCCAGCACAUGUCCAGCAAAUAGUACAAGAUUUAGUUUCCGGAAUGGGUGAAAUAGGAAGAAAUGCUACUGUUAUGUCUAGAACAUCGGAAGAUGGAUCUUCUGUUGAUGUACACAUAAACUUGGGUCAGGUACCACUUCAAAGUGAAGCCCAGCUGAGAAUAAAUCAAGCACAAACUAUGAUCACUCGAGCUAAUCAAGUGUUAGAUUUAUUAGAGGUAUGAAUAAGGUUUUUUUCU